AAACCCUAAUAUAUCCUCUCCGCCUCCUCUCCCGAUCUACUCCAUCAUCAAGUCCUCAAGGCCAAAAAUUCAAAAAUCUCUUUCUUUUACUCUGUGAUUCCUUGUUUAUUGAGUAAACUCGUCAAUGGGGGACACAGAGACGUUUGCCUUUCAGGCAGAGAUCAACCAGUUGUUGAGUCUUAUCAUCAACACCUUUUACAGUAACAAGGAGAUCUUUCUCCGUGAGCUCAUCAGUAACUCAUCCGAUGCUCUGGACAAGAUUCGCUUUGAAAGCUUGACUGAUAAGAGUAAGCUAGAUGGGCAGCCUGAGCUUUUCAUCCAUAUUAUCCCCGACAAAGCUUCAAACACAUUGACCAUCAUUGAUAGCGGAGUUGGAAUGACCAAGGCUGAUUUGGUGAACAAUUUGGGUACCAUUGCAAGAUCCGGAACCAAAGAGUUCAUGGAAGCUAUCACUGCCGGCGCUGAUGUCAGCAUGAUUGGGCAAUUCGGUGUUGGUUUCUACUCUGCUUACUUGGUUGCCGACAAAGUUGUGGUGACAACCAAGCACAAUGAUGAUGAGCAGUAUGUCUGGGAGUCUCAAGCCGGAGGGUCAUUCACAGUGACUCGUGAUACUUCUGGUGAAGUCCUUGGAAGAGGGACUAAAAUGACACUUUACUUGAAAGAAGACCAGCUUGAAUACCUUGAAGAGCGCAGGCUGAAAGAUCUGAUCAAGAAACACUCAGAGUUCAUCAGCUACCCAAUCUCUCUAUGGGUUGAGAAGACCACAGAAAAAGAAAUCUCUGAUGAUGAAGACGAAGAAGAGAAGAAGGAUGAGGAAGGCAAGGUUGAGGAAGUUGAUGAAGAGAAGGAGAAGGAAGAGAAGAAGAAGAAGACAAUCAAGGAAGUGUCUCAUGAAUGGUCUUUGGUCAACAAACAGAAACCAAUCUGGAUGAGGAAGCCAGAAGAGAUUACAAAGGAAGAGUAUGCUGCUUUCUACAAGAGUCUGACAAAUGACUGGGAGGAGCAUUUGAACGUGAAGCAUUUUUCAGUUGAAGGUCAACUGGAAUUCAAAGCCAUUCUUUUUGUUCCCAAAAGAGCACCUUUCGAUCUCUUCGACACCAAAAAGAAGCCAAACAACAUCAAGCUUUAUGUUCGUCGUGUCUUCAUCAUGGACAACUGUGAAGAGCUGAUUCCGGAGUAUUUGAGUUUCGUAAAGGGAAUCGUUGAUUCCGAGGAUCUUCCUCUUAACAUCUCCAGAGAGAUGUUGCAACAAAACAAGAUCCUGAAGGUGAUCCGCAAGAAUUUGGUGAAGAAGUGUGUGGAGCUUUUCCAGGAGAUUGCUGAGAACAAGGAGGAUUAUGCCAAGUUCUACGAGGCUUUCUCCAAGAAUUUGAAGCUUGGAAUCCAUGAGGAUUCUACAAACAAAACCAAGUUGGCUGAAUUACUUCGUUACCAUUCCACCAAAAGUGGAGAUGAGAUGACAAGCUUGAAGGACUAUGUUACCAGAAUGAAGGAGGGGCAAAGCGACAUUUACUACAUCACAGGUGAAAGCAAGAAGGCAGUGGAGAACUCUCCAUUCCUUGAGAAGCUGAAGAAGAAGGGGAUUGAGGUUUUGUACAUGGUGGACGCCAUUGAUGAGUAUGCAGUUGGCCAGUUGAAGGAGUUUGAGGGGAAGAAGCUUGUUUCUGCAACCAAAGAAGGUCUGAAACUUGAUGAGAGUGAAGACGAGAAGCAGAAGCAGGAUGCAUUGAAGGAGAAGUUUGAAGGUCUUUGCAAGGUGAUAAAGGAUGUGUUGGGAGACAAGGUGGAGAAGGUGGUUGUUUCGGAUCGUGUGGUGGAUUCUCCAUGCUGUUUGGUGACAGGUGAAUACGGGUGGACAGCAAACAUGGAGAGAAUCAUGAAGGCACAGGCUCUGAGGGAUUCAAGCAUGGCUGGAUACAUGUCUAGCAAGAAGACGAUGGAGAUCAACCCUGAGAACUCUAUCAUGGAGGAGUUGAGAAAGAGAGCUGAGGCUGAUAAGAAUGACAAGUCAGUGAAGGAUUUGGUGCUUUUGCUGUUUGAGACUUCGUUGCUGACAUCAGGAUUCAGCCUGGAUGAGCCAAACACUUUUGGAAACAGGAUUCACAGGAUGUUGAAGCUUGGUUUGAGCAUUGAUGAGGACACUGUCGAUGGCGAUGCUGACAUCCCUGCCCUUGAGGAGGCUGAUGUUGAUGCUGAGAGCAAGAUGGAAGAGGUCGACUAAUCUCCCAAAUUAACAAAACCUUCUUCUUACAUUACCUUGCUUUCUUUAUAAACAUGCUCUAGUUCUUUUUUUUGUUGUCUUAAAACUUCUUUUUUUGAUGUUUUAUGAACAAGACAUGUUAUCAGGUUUUUUAUUUUAUUUUUCUGAAUCACGAAUUUAGUUUAUCUA